AUGGACUCCAUCAAGCAAGGUGCCAACUACGUCAGCGAGAGCGUCCAGCAGGCCCUCCACGGCAGCAAGAAGGAAGCCAACAAGGACAUCGCCAAGGAUUCCGAUGCUCCCAUUGGCACUCGUGCCUCUGCCGCCAAGGAUGCCGUCAAGGACAAGGCCCACGAGAAUAAGCACGACGCCAAGGCCGAGGCUCACAAGCAGGAGAUCUAA